UAGUCAAGGUGUUUUCGCUCCUUAGUAAUAGAGCAGCUAGAUAAAUAUCGUACGGUUACUAUUUUUUUCUGUACAGAAUGACCUCGUGGUUUUUGAUCAACAUUUUACUUGCAACGGUGACGAUAAUUGUAAGUGGCCAAAAAAUUAUUUCGAUAACUGAAUUUCAAACUUCUACCUGCAGCGGAGAAGGCUUCAUCUGUAUGACGUGUCGUACGGCCGCACAAUGUCUGUUCAUAAAUGGUGAAUGGCGUCCCCAGCCUUUCGAGGAUUGCGACGAAGAUAACGGGUUUUACUGCAAUGUACUAGAAAGAGGUUGUUCUCAAAAUGUUGGUGCUUGCAGCCCAGGCCAAGAAGGCAGUUUUGUAUGUAACACUGAAGGGGUAUUUCCUAAUCCAUUUGAUUGCCAACGAUAUCAUUUGUGCCGUCAAGAACAGCAAAACAUGGUGUCUAUAAAUAUGGUUUGUGAUACAAUGGCUUUUUCGGCCGCAACAGGGGAUUGCUCACUGCAUCGCAAUGAUACUAUUUGCACUACGUUGCAAUGGAGCUGUUCACGUGCAGGAGAAAUGAAUAGCUGGCCUGGAAAUAAUAACAUCUACUAUCUUUGUAUCGUUGAUACUCAGUCUCGUGCUCUUUAUCCUCAACUAUACCGUUGUAGUGGUGAUCAAAUAUUCAAUGACGGUCGAUGUAUGGAUAGACAAGGUGUCUCUAGUACUACACCACCGGAUGAAGAUAAUUCGUAUCGCUGUGAAUCCGCUGGACUGUUCCCCGAUCCCAUUGACUGUCGCUUCUAUUACUUCUGUGAUAUCAACCUCAACUCACAACAUCUACAAUGUCCCGCAGGAACAAUAUUUCAAUCGAGUACCGCAUCUUGUGUUGUAGGAACGUGUUGAAUACUUAGUGACAAAGGACGAAUGUUUAGUGUAUGAUGAAUAAAAUAAUGUAAAUAUAAUAAUAUACAAUAUAAAGAGGAGGUGUU